AAAUUUGAUAAAGAAUUGGGAUGUGUCUGCCAAACAACGUACCUUGAGGAGCAGAACGGAGGAAACCCAACCCAGGUGCACGAAAAAUUUCUCCAGGUGCACUGAUCGAAGCGAGUUUGGUCUAGAGAGAGAGAGAAGAGACACCUGUGCUCUUGGUUCUGCGUUAACGUUUGUUGCGGCGUUUGAGAUUCAUGCCCUGUUUGAUUUACUGAGAAGUUUGACAGAAUUGAGGCUGUAUCUCUACAUUAACGGAGGACAAUAAGCUUGAGGGUUUAUCAAUUUCCUGCUGUGCUCGAGGUCCUUUCUGUUUUAAGAUAGUAGAAAUGGAGGCUAAACUUGCACAGAGCUUGCAAAUCUCAACAUGGAAUGAUUCAGAGAAGAUUACGAGGAAGCCAAAUGGUUCAUUGCAAUUUUCUCCGAGAUCUAGGGAGCCAAAGGGGUUUCAGAAUCUUAUUUCUAAUCAUUUGCAGCCUACUGGCACUGCCACUUGGCAUAAACCUGAAGCAAUGAGGGUCUCAUGUUCCUACAGGAAUUAUCCUGAUAUCUUUGUUGUAGGUUCAGUACUGCAGUCUGGAAGUUUUCCUGCCUCUUUUGAUGAAGCUAUGAUUUUAAAGAAUAAGGCAGAAGACAUUGAACCAUUUUUAAAUGGACGCUGUAUAUAUCUUGUUGGUAUGAUGGGCUCUGGAAAAACGACCAUUGGCAGGAUUCUGUCAGAUGUUCUUAGCUAUUCGUUUUUUGACAGUGACACGUUGAUAGAGCAGGCAGUUGGGGCAACUUCUGUAGCCGAAAUCUUUAAGCUGUAUGGGGAAGGCUUGUUCAGAGAUAAUGAGACAGAGGUAUUGCGGAAACUGUCUAAAAUGCAGCGGCUAGUUGUUUCCACCGGUGGAGGAGCAGUUAUCCGGCCCAUUAACUGGAAAUACAUGCAAAAGGGGAUUAGUGUUUGGUUAGAUGUUCCAUUGGAAGCCUUGGCAAGGAGAAUUGCAUCUGUAGGAACGGAAUCUCGCCCCCUUCUGCAUCAAGAAGAAGGUGAUGCUUAUGCAAAGGCUUUCACGCGUUUGUCUUCUCUUAUGGAAGAGAGAAGUGAAGCAUAUGCCAAUGCCAGUGCUAGGGUUUCCUUGGAAAAUAUCGCAGCCAAGCUUGGUUACAUAGAUGUAUGCAAUCUCACACCAACAGUUAUAGCGAUUGAGGCGUUAGAACAAAUUGAGAACUUCCUGAAGAACUAGGGAAUUGCCUAUUCCACGGACCUACUCCACCAAGCUUUCUUAUUAUGUUUGACGCUUAAUCUUGAGAUUAAUGCUUUUACCAUAACUAAUUGGGUUUUACAAUUCCAUCUAUGCGGGAUCAAAAAAGGGGAAAAUGAUAGUAAAAGAUUGGGAAAAAAAAGAAAAAAAGAGAGGAGGAUUCAGAGGGUGCAAUGUUUCUGAUUUUAUAGAGAAAAGGGUAUUUAUUCUUUGAGAAAGUAAUGUAAUGUUUUUCUUGAUGAUGCUUAAGAUGCAGAUGUAAAUAUAUGGCUGAUAAUUUUUUUAAAUGUAAAUCUCAUUUUGUCA